AUGAUUAUCCAACUGCCCCGCUCAGUGCGCUACCCCAUCACUAUCACUGCGCUCCUGAAGAAACCCAACGAUGACGUCCCUCGUCUGUCGCCGCUGCUCAUUUACAAGUAUAAAACCAUAGUGACCGAGUACCCGGAGUUCGGAGAGGAAGUUCAGGUCGAAAAGGAAUUCUCUUCGCAGUACGACGCACCUAUAGAGGGCAAAUUGGAGAGGUGGUUCGUCGAGGAGGCUUCACGAUUAGAAGAGGACGCAAAAAAGAGGCUUCUCAAAUCGAAAAAACUGUCGCUGGUUGUAGAUUUGGACCAGACGAUCAUACAUGCAUGUGUGGACCCUACGGUUGGAGAAUGGAAGAACGAUCCGUAUUGCAUCAACCACGAAUCUGUUAAGGAUGUCGAGGCUUUCAAGCUUGAUGAAGAUAUAGUGGGUGGUCGGGGGACAUGGUACUAUGUCAAGAUGCGGCCUGGGCUGAAGCAGUUUCUGGAGGCCAUUUCGAAGCUUUACGAAUUGCACAUAUACACCAUGGGAACUCGGGCUUACGCACUUUCGGUCAAGAAGAUAGUAGAUCCUGAUGGAACGAUUUUCGGUGAGAGGGUCCUCAGUAGAGACGAAAGCGGUAGCAUGACACAAAAAAGUCUUCAGCGGUUAUUUCCGGUGGAUACAAAAAUGGUAGUUAUCAUCGAUGAUAGAGGCGAUGUGUGGAAGUGGAGCGACAACUUAGUGAAAGUACGACCUUACGAUUUCUUUGUUGGCAUUGGAGACAUCAAUUCUAGCUUUUUGCCGAAACGUCAAGAAUUUCCUACCGCCCCGACACCACCUCUUGAUGCUGCCCCUGCCCUUACUCCUACCCCUGCCGACCCAGAGAACCCAUCCAUGCAGCCGGGAGCAGAUUUGGAGGGGCUUCAAAAUGAGACUCUUGAUGGCAUGGCGAACAAAUCUUCAACGUUAGAGCAGCUUGUGAACAUGGGAGCAGGUGAUGACCAAAAUCUCCUCACGGUUCAAACCGAAGAUUUAGACAAGGCCAUAACCGCACAAAAACACGACAGACCAUUGACCCGGAAGCAGGAGGAACAAGAUAAAAAGGACGAGAAGAUGGCCGAAAGCAUCACCGUGGAAGCUAUACACACAGAAAAUGGCGAUGAAACUCCGAGUGAGAUUGCAAGACAAAAGCAUAGUGUUUUACAAGACCAUGAUAGAGAGUUAUAUGCGCUGGAGCGGCAUCUAACAGCAGUACACAAGGCGUUUUAUGAUGAAUUUGAUAGAAAAAGAAAAAGCAAUGCCAUGGCAUCCGUGACCGGAAGACGUCGGCCUGGCCAGAGUGAAGCACGACUAGAUUUAAAGGCCGUUCCAGACAUCAAAGACAUCAUGCCCUUGAUGAAACAAUCCGCUUUGGGAGAUGUGACCUUGGUAUUUUCUGGAGUCAUACCAUUAGGUGCAAAUGUACAAAGUUAUGAUAUCACCCUCUGGGCUAAGAGUUUCGGAGCCACAAUUGUUGAGAACAUAAGCGGAAAAGUGACACACCUAGUAGCUGCGAGAAGUCGCACUGCAAAGGUAAGACAGGCCGCAGUACGGUAUCCGAAAAUUAAGAUUGUUUCACCGCAAUGGCUAUGGGAAUCGAUUUCAAACUGGAAAAAAGAAGAUGAGGAACCCUAUUUGAUCACCAUACACCCUGAGGAUCGUCACAUGGGAUCACUAAAUGGCUUCGAGGAUGAUCAUCCCGAUGCUCCUCUCCUGUCUUCAGAGGACGACUCAGAUAUGGAUGAGGAUAUUUCUAGCAAUCCUGCAGAUGAGCUCAACGCGCCGGACAUGGCAAAUGUAGGCUGGAUGGAUGUCGACGAAGAGUUUAAGGAAUGGAUUGGUUCUGACGACGAUGGUGACGACGUGAGCGAAAAUGAAAGCAUGGCUUCUGCAUCAACAGUUAAAUCUACAUUAAGCCAGAGACGUACAAAGAGGUCCAGAAGCUCAACGCCGCAUGAAAAUGACGAUAGCAUUAUGGACGAAACGAUGGAUAAAUCAAGGCAUAAGAGACAGAGAACUCUAAGUGAUCGCUCAUUGGAGGCUGCCGCCACAACCGCUGCAGGCGGGUUAUCAGAGACAUCAGAUGCCGCAUUGGAAGACGCGGAUGAUCAUGAAGGUCUUGCUGAAGAUCAUAAUGAAAACGACGAUGAUGAUGACAGUUUCGCGGCGGAGUUCGAACGAGAAUUCUGGGCGGCGACGGAUGAGGAUGAAGAGACAGAGGGCAAGGAUGCAGAGUCAGAGGUAGCCACAGAAAAAGAAUCCUUAACAAAAGAGGGAUUCCAAGAACUCAUUGCUGCUGAGAAUGGCGAUGUGGUGGGUGAAAGGGAUAGCGAAAAUCCGAAAAUUUAA